AGUAUUGUAACUAAAUAAAGUUUAUUAAACUUCAUAAUUUGUAUUUAUGAUAGAUAUCAAAACAUAUAAUGUAUCACAUACAGCAAUUAGCUAGGAAAUAAGAGCAAACAGCUGAUAUCGUGUAGAACUGAAAGGUUAACGAGACUCUUAAAAUAUGUCUGGCAAAGAGGUCGAACGAGACAGAUUGCUGAAACGCAUAGCGGACAAAACCGCCCAACUUCAGGCUCGAACAGAUCUAAACAUUAAAAUACCCAGAUUGCAAUUACCUUCUGACUAUAAUUUUCAAGACAGGUCAAUUUUUUCUUUACCUCCCGAAAUUCUGAAACCAAUUUUAGCUUCAGCUCAUCCAAAAUAUCGCAGGCAAGUUGCGGCCGAAAAGAAAAGGGCUGCUGAAUUGAAAAAGAAGCUGAAAUCAUACACUGCUCUAAGGAAGCAACGAGAGGAAUUUCGGCAGCGCUUGGUGAAGCUCAUAACUAAUGUACAGGAGGACGAAAUGGACAUCGACGAUAUACCAAAUGCACAAGAGAAGGAAAUGUUGCGGUAUUACUAUUAUGUCAAACACGGAGUGGAUACUGUUCAUGUCGCGCCAUUGGACGAAAAGGUUUUAAACAGAGUUUUAUCUCUAGUUCCAAGGCGAUUGAUGGGAUGGGAUGAAAUAUUGAAAAAAACUAUUACCGACAUCAGAGACGAUUUUAUGAUGGCCAAUAAGAAAGCUAUUAUAGACUUCGUCCUGCAAGACCCGGCUUUUAUAACGGGUAUUCAGGAUGAUACCUCUCCCUUUCAAGUGGAAAGAAAGGAAAUUGGCAACAGUUUUAGGCCAGCCUUCGAUUAUGCCAAGUUUAAACUGGAAAGAAACCUGCAUGUUAUAAACCCAUGCCUUUCAAUUUUGCUUGAUAUUUGGUAUAGCAGAUUUAGAAAACUCCGUCUGAUUGAUACAAAUGAAUUCAAGACCCAUGAAGGAUCCUUUGACUUACAAGACUUUAAAUAUCUUUGCAAAAAACACGUCGACAAGUGCAGGAGCAUUUUGAUUGAUCAAUACUAUUAUGCCGUGACUGACGUUUUUCUUCAAGGAUCGAAGAAAAAUAAAUUACCGGAUCCCGCAAAACCCCGAAGAAUGAAAUCGUUUUACAACUCGGUAGCCACAAUUAUGACUAACCAGUUGCAAAUAUUGUGUCUGAAGUCCUUGUAUGAUUAUGUUCAGUACAUUACUGACAUUAAGUUCUCAAGUAAAGGAUUUCAAAUAAAGCUGGUUCAAAGGAUGAACAUCCUGUCUUUUGAGCCCCCUUUCAAGAACUUCCGAGAUGUGCUAAUACACGAGAUAGAUGCGAUCGUUGACGCGGUAAUGGAUAUUCCGCGACUAGAAACCAAGCUUUACUUGGACUGGGUGGAACCAAUUGAGUAUUUAAAACCAACAAUUCCAAAUGAGACUAUAGACAUUUACAAGCAAGAAAUUAAAGAUUUGCUGGAAAACCAACGAAUCGGACCUGAAUUACGAGUUCAGGAUUUCGACGAAUAUAUGCCCCUCAUCAACGGAGAAGCGGAAGAUGAAGUGAACGCGUUUUUAAUCGAGGACCAUAAGCUGGAGCAAUACGCUAAGCAAAUACUAAAAUAUAAGGAGAUUAUGGAUAGCGUCCCAUUGGCCAAUGAGAGCGUAAUCACAAUGGAAAUGUAUGACAUGAAUAGGAGCGAGUUGAUUAAAGCGCUUGAAAUGCAAGCUGAAAACUUUCGGGAUAAACUAAUACAAAAAUGUAUUAAAAGCUAUCAGCAAUUGUGCAAACAGUUGGGAGAGGAAUAUCAAGCCAUUUCCGAUAAAGCAUUGAGUGUUCCAACCAAUACUGCCGAAUUAAUGGAUUUAAUAAAAUUUGUGAACGAAGUGGAGACUGUAACAUUGUACCAAAUGGAGGAUCGACUGAGAGAAGUUAUGGAUUAUAUGAUUUUUCUUGCCGAUCAUUGUAUAUUCACUCCAGUUGAAAUGAAACAGAAUAACAUAACGUUUCAGUGGUACUUGCAUAUGCCAAAAGUAAUUGAAGAGCAUCGUCAGAUGAUUGACUCAAAAAUGGAAGAAUUCCAAGCUCAAUUAACAGUUAAGAUCGAAAAGUUCCAGGAAGAUUUGGAAUUGUACGCGAAAAUGGUAGAUGAACUUCAAUACAAUGGCAACAUCGAGGAUUUGCCAAGAUAUCAUAAAAAAACAACAAAAUUGGAUGAAAGAUUAGUUCAAGCAAUGGAACGCAUCGAACAAUUUAAUGAAGAAGAAGCCGCAUUUAAUUUCGAGUUAUCUCAAUAUCCACUUCGAAAGCAAAUUUACGACAAAUUAGCUCCAUAUAAAAAACUGUACGAUAACUCUACUGACUUUAUUAACAAACACGAACUGUGGAUGAAAUCUAAAGUUGGAACGUACGAUCCUGAGGAAAUAGAAACUGAUGUUGGCACAUACUACAGAAAUGUUUACAAGCUGGAGAAAGUGUUCAGCGAAACACCUGCUACUCUUAAUUUAGCAACGACGGUAAGAGAAGAAAUCGAGGAAUUUAAGGAAAAUAUGCCGAUUAUUCAGACCUUGGGUAACCCGGGAAUGAAAGAGCGGCAUUGGGAAAAAGUUUCUGAAAUAGUUGGAUUUCCCAUUAAAGUCGAUGAUGAUUUAACUUUGGAAAAGAUCAUUGACUAUGGUUUGAACGACUAUAUCGAAAAGUUUGAAGCAAUAUCAGAAGCAGCUACCAAAGAGAACAACUUAGAGAAGAACUUGAACAAAAUGAUUGCGGAAUGGACGGAUAUGGAAUUUGUUAUCCUUGUGUACCGAGAUACCGGUACUUACAUACUUUCCGCUGUUGAUGAUAUUCAAGUGCAGCUCGAUGACCACAUUGUUAAGACACAAACCAUGAAAAAUUCUCCAUACAUUAAGCCAUUCCAAAAGGAAAUAUUUUCAUGGGAAAGUAAACUUCAACUGCUGCAAGAGAUACUCGAUGAAUGGCUCAAAGUACAGUCCACUUGGAUGUAUUUGGAGCCAAUCUUCUCGUCUCCGGACAUACAGCAGCAAAUGCCGGAAGAAGGACGAAGAUUUAGUGCUGUUGAUAAAAUAUGGCGUGAUUUAAUGAAGACGGUGUUUGGUGAUCCGAAAGUUUUGUCAGUGGUUGAAAUUGAUAAAAUGGCCGAGCGGUUGAAGAAGUGUAACAAUUUGCUGGAAAUGAUCCAACGAGGUCUCAAUGACUAUUUGGAAAAGAAGCGCCUGUACUUUCCUAGAUUUUUCUUCUUGUCCAAUGAUGAGCUGUUAGAGAUUCUGUCUGAGACGAAAGAUCCAACAAGAGUUCAACCCCAUCUAAAGAAGUGCUUCGAAGGUAUUGCCAAACUAACGUUCACAGAAGAUUUGGACGUAACUGAGAUGAAAUCAAGUGAAGGAGAAAUUAUCCCACUGCCAGAUGUGAUUCAAACGGCUUUGGCUCGAGGACAAGUUGAGAAAUGGUUGGUCGAACUGGAAACCGAUAUGAAAAAAGCCGUUCAUCUAAUGGUUCAAAAGUCCAUAGAGGACUAUCCCAAACGAACUCGAGAAAGUUGGGUACUGAAAUGGCCCGGCCAGUGCAUUCAAUGUGUGGGCUCGACAUUCUGGACCUCUGAGGUUACUCAAGCGAUUAAAGACGGUCCUGCAGUAUUAAAGGCAUAUUUGGCUAAAUGCAGCAAUCAGAUAACUAAAAUUGUUGAUUUGGUUCGAGGCAAACUUAACACACAAAACAGGAUCACUUUAGGUGCUUUGGUCGUCUUGGACGUUCAUCAGAGGGACGUUCUUUCUGGCAUUGUCGAUGCAGGUGUUAAAACCAUAAACGACUUUAAUUGGUUAUGCCAAUUAAGAUACUAUUGGGAGGAAAAUCAGAUGGUCACUGCAAUGAUAAAUUCAACUUUAAAAUACGGUUACGAAUAUCUAGGAAACACAGCUAGAUUGGUAGUGACCCCUUUAACUGAUCGAUGUUACCGAACACUAUUUGGAGCACUUCAUUUGCAUUUAGGUGGUGCUCCUGAAGGCCCGGCUGGUACAGGAAAAACGGAGACAACAAAAGAUCUGGCAAAAGCAGUGGCCAAGCAAUGUGUAGUUUUCAACUGUUCAGAUGGCCUGGAUUAUAUCGCUUUGGGAAAGUUCUUCAAGGGUUUAGCGUCAUGUGGGGCAUGGUCAUGUUUCGACGAAUUCAACCGAAUUGAUCUGGAAGUGUUGUCGGUGGUUGCUCAGCAAAUUUUAACCAUUCAAAGAGGAAUUAAUGCUGGCCAGGAAAAAUUGUUUUUCGAGGGAACUGAAUUAAAGUUAGAUCCCAGCUGCGCUGUAUUCAUUACUAUGAAUCCAGGAUAUGCUGGACGUUCUGAGUUACCUGACAACCUAAAAGCACUGUUCCGAUCAGUUGCCAUGAUGGUACCAGAUUAUGCGCUCAUUUCGGAAAUUGAGUUAUAUGCUUUCGGAUUUUUAAUCGCUAAACCUCUUGCUAUCAAAAUUGUUGCUACUUACAGGCUUUGCUCAGAGCAACUCUCCUCACAAUGUCAUUACGACUAUGGAAUGAGGGCAGUUAAGUCAGUAUUGCGAGCUGCAGGAGCCCUCAAAUUGCGAUACCCAGAUGAAAAAGAAGACAUUCUGGUUCUGAGAUCUAUCAAAGACGUUAAUCUGGCAAAAUUCCUUUAUCAGGAUGUCCCACUUUUCCAGGGCAUAACUUCGGAUCUAUUCCCUGGAGUUAUUUUGCCUGAGCCUGACUAUGUGAUACUGAAUAAAGCAGUGGAAGACACUUGCAAAACGAUGAAUGUGCAGUGUGUGCCAGUUUUUUUGGAAAAAGUUCAACAGCUGUACGAAAUGAUUGUCGUUCGUCACGGCUUAAUGAUCGUCGGUAUGCCAUUUGCUGGCAAAACCACUUGCUACAGAGUACUAGCAAAUGCAUUGGCAUUGAUAGAAGAAAGAGGAGGUAUGGAUGAACAUCGCGCUAUUUAUACAAUAAUGAAUCCGAAAUCGAUUACAAUGGGCCAGUUGUAUGGACAGUUUGAUCCAGUGUCCCAUGAAUGGUCGGAUGGCAUCUUAGCAGUUAGUUUUAGACAAUUUGCCAUGUCUACCAGCGAUGAUAGAAAAUGGCUAAUUUUCGAUGGUCCCGUUGAUGCCGUCUGGAUUGAAAACAUGAAUACCGUACUCGACGACAAUAAAAAAUUGUGCCUGAUGUCUGGAGAAAUUAUACAAUUAUCCAACUCCACCAAUCUUAUAUUUGAACCGAUGGACUUGGAUGUGGCGUCACCAGCUACUGUGUCAAGAUGUGGAAUGAUUUAUAUGGAACCCAAGUCUUUAGGAUGGAAGCCUCUACUAUCUUCGUGGUUGAAUACUUUGCCACCGUUUAUCAAUAACGAUUUCUAUAAAACAAUGAUUUUCAAUCUAUUUGUACGAUUUUGCAAGCCUUUGCUGUGGCUUCUUCGAAAAGGUGGUGUAAGGGAAAUUGCUUCAACCUCGGAUCAUAACUUAGUUCGAGCUGCAAUGAAUCUAUUUGAUUGCUUCAUGGACGAUUUUUACGACGACAAAUACCGGGAUCAAGUGUCCGAUUUGGAUGUACGAGCUCAAAUAGAGGGAUCUUUCUUUUUCGCUUGCAUUUGGUCUUUGGGUGGUACUUUGGAUAAUCACAGUCGCUUGAAAUUCAAUGUAUUAUUCCGAGCUUUGCUUGAAAGAGAAUUUCCGCAGAAAAUUGCAGCGGAGUUAGAAAUUCCAUUCGAAGUAAGCAAGCCGGACAAACCGUACAUAUUUACAUUGCCUGUUGGUGAAACCGUCUUUGAUUAUCGGUUUAUUAAAGAGGGCAAAGGAAAAUGGAAACUUUGGUCUGAUGAGCUGAUGAAUGCACCACCAAUUCCACGUGAUAUACCGGUAAACCAAAUAAUUGUGACCACAGUUGAGACUAUCAGAGGUAUCGCAGUGAUGCAAUUAUUGGUGCAACAUCAAAAGUCAAUGAUGCUUAUUGGGCCGACUGGAACUGGAAAAUCCGUUUAUGUUACGGACUUUCUGUUGAAAAAGAAUGACACGAAAACUUACAUUCCGUUGUUUAUUAAUUUCUCGGCUCAGACAACGGCAAAUCAAACUCAGAAUAUAAUAAUGGCAAAACUGGAUAAAAGGAGAAAAGGUGUGUAUGGUCCACCAGUUACCAAGAAAUGUGUGAUCUUUGUGGAUGAUGUUAAUAUGCCUCUUAAAGAAGUUUACGGCGCUCAACCUCCGAUUGAGUUGCUUAGACAGUGGUUUGACCACGAGAUGUGGUACGAUCUGAAAGAAAUUGUCUCUAUGAAAUUGAUAGACAUUCAAUUUAUGUGUGCCAUGUGUCCUCCGGGAGGCGGAGGCAACACAAUCACACCGAGACUGAGCCGGCAUUUUAACCAUUUGUGUAUUGACGAGUUUGCCGAAGGAACUCUAAUUAACAUCUUCAGCAGAAUCAUGCUGUGGCACUUGGAUACCAGAGGAUUUUCUAAGGAUUUUGACCCGUGCAUUGAAGAAAUUGUUCUAGCAACAUUGGACAUCUAUAAAAUGGCACGAGCUAAUUUGUUGCCGACUCCAGCCAAGUCGCAUUAUCUGUUUAAUUUAAGAGAUUUUUCACGCGUAAUUCAGGGGGUGUUGUUGUCAGUGCCUGAAGCAAUGGAGGAUUUGGUGGCAAUGAAACGUUUGUGGGUUCACGAAGUUCUUCGAGUAUACUACGAUCGGUUGGUGGACGAUAGUGACCGCACUUGGAUAGUGGAAGCAUUAAGAGAGGUGUGUAAAGAUAAGUUAGAAGAGGACAUGAAUACGAUGUUCCAACGCCUGGCGUCGCCGGAAGGCCCGGAGAUUGGGGAAACUGAGCUCAGAAAGCUAAUUUACUGUGACUUUGCCAAUCCGAAAGCUGAUCACAGACAUUACAUUGAAGUGCAAGAUUUGGAGCAACUUAAAACGAUUACAGAAGGAUAUUUGAAUGAAUUCAAUAAUAUGUCCAAGAAACCGAUGAAUCUGGUGCUGUUUAGAUUUGCAAUUGAACAUUUAUCCAAACUAUGUCGAAUUCUAAAACAACCACGCAGUCAUGGUCUAUGUGUGGGUGUUGGUGGAUCUGGACGUCAAUCUCUGACUAGAUUGGCGGCACAUAUUUCCGAGUAUGAGUUAUUCCAAGUCGAAAUUACAAGACUAUACGGAGUAAAUGAAUGGAGGGAAGAUGUUAAAGUGAUUUUGAAAAAAGCGAGUGCCACUGACCAACACGGCGUGUUCUUGUUUACGGACACGCAAAUCAAAGAAGAAGCCUUCUUGGAAGAUGUUAGCAAUUUAAUGAAUUCGGGCGAGGUCCCUAAUUUAUUUACCACUGAAGAGAAAAUGGAAAUUUGCGAGAAAAUGCGCCAACUGGACAGACAAAGGGAUAAAUCCAUGCAGACAGAUGGUAGCCCAGCGGCACUAUUUAACUUCUUUGUCCAGAUUGUAAAAGAACAGCUCCAUGUUGUGCUGGCUAUGAGCCCGAUUGGCGAAAGUUUCAGAACCAGGAUUAGGAAGUUUCCCGCUUUGGUUAAUUGCUGUACUAUCGACUGGUUUCAGAGUUGGCCAGAAGAUGCCUUAUUGGCAGUAGCCAAAAAAUUCCUAGGCGAAAUUGAAUUAACUGACCAGGAACGAGACGUGUGCAUUGAUAUGUGCCAAACCUUCCACGUUUCAACGCAGAAAUUAUCAGACGAAUACUUUCUCAGGCUGAAUCGUCAUAAUUAUGUUACACCUACUUCUUAUUUGGAAAUGAUCAAUACCUUCAAAACCUUCUUGACCAAGAAGCGCAGAGAACUGCUACUGGGCCAAAAAAGAUAUGAAGUGGGAUUGGAAAAACUACAAUCUGCUGGUUCUGAGGUUGCCGUGAUGCAAUUGGCUUUAGAAGCUUUGCAACCUCAGCUGGUUGUUGCGCAAGCCAAAGUUGAGGAAACAAUGAAAAUUGUUGAAGCUGAAUCUGCUGAAGCUGCUGAAGUGGAGAAAACCGUUAUGAUUGAUGAAGAGGCUGCAAAUGAACAAGCAAAAGCCGCACAAGCUAUAAAGGAUGAAUGUGAAGCGAAUAUGGCAGUAGCUAUGCCAAUAUUGAAUGCAGCUUUAGCCGCUUUGAAUACAUUGACUCCAGCUGAUAUAACUAUAGUUAAAACGAUGAAAAACCCACCGAAAGGCGUCAAAGUUGUUAUGGAGGCAGUAUGCAUUCUAAAGGACAUAAAACCUGAUAAAGUACCGGCUCCGAGUGGAAUAGGGACGAUUGACGAUUAUUGGGGUCCGUCAAAAAAGGUUUUAGGCGAUAUGAAAUUUCUAGAGGGUCUAAUUAAUUUCGACAAAGACAAUAUUCAGCCCCGGAUCAUGGCCAAACUUAAAGAUCAGAUUUUGAACGAUGAAAGUUUUGAUCCGGAUAAGGUGAAAACGGCUUCUUCAGCAGCUGAAGGCAUUUGCAAAUGGGUAAUCGCCAUUUCGAAGUACGAUAAAGUAGCGAAAGUAGUCGCACCCAAGAAAGCUGCUCUUGCUAUUGCAGAAGAACAAUUCAAUACGGCAAUGGCUUCUUUAGAAAUCAAAAGGGCACAAUUAAGAGAAGCCAGAGAAAAGGUUGCCAAACUAGAAGAGAGAUUGGCUGACGAGUCUAAGAAGUUCAGAAAACUGACGGAUGAAGUUAAUCUUUGCCAGUUAAAAUUGCAACGAGCAGAAGACCUGAUUGGCGGCCUGGGUGGUGAAAAAGAUCGUUGGAAGGCAACAGCAAAAGAGCUGGGAGAACGGUAUAAUAUGCUAGUUGGGGACAUAUUGGUGUCUGCGGGCAUAGUAGCUUAUUUGGGAGCUUUCACUAUGCAAUUCAGGCAGAAACAAAUUGAAGACUGGGUUACCGAAUUAAUUGGGUAUGGAAUUGUAACUACGCGAGAUUUCCAGUUGGCUGCCAUUCUGGGAGAGCCUGUCGUGAUUCGACAAUGGAAUAUUUUCGGAUUACCCACAGAUAAUUUCAGCGUAGAAAAUGGAAUUAUCAUUUCUAAUGCUAGAAGAUAUGCUUUGAUGAUCGAUCCUCAAGGACAAGCCAAUAAGUGGAUUAAAAAUAUGGAGCGAUUGAAUAAUUUAGCUAUUAUUCGAUUGAAUCAGCCUGAUUAUGUUAGAAUUUUGGAAAAUGCUAUUCAGUUUGGCCAACCGGUUCUCCUGGAAAACGUUGGGCAAGAAUUAGAUCCAAUUUUAGAACCGGUUCUGUCCCAGCAAACAUUUAAGCAAGGUGGUGCACUUUGUCUUAAGUUGGGUGAUUCUGUGGUUGAAUAUAGCCCAGAUUUUAAGCUGUAUGUAACAACUAAACUACGAAAUCCACAUUACUUGCCAGAAGUGGCUGUGAAGGUUACAUUAGUAAACUUUGUAAUAACUAGUGCGGGUCUUGAAGAUCAACUUUUGGGUAUAGUGGUGGCCAAAGAAAGACCUGAUUUGGAAGCAGAGAAAAAUGCUCUGAUCAUUCAAGGCGCAGAAAAUAAGAGAUCGCUGAAAGAAAUCGAAGAUAAAAUCCUGGAAGUUUUAAGUACGUCGCAAGGAAAUAUUUUGGAAGACGAAACAGCCGUUACUAUUCUAAGCUCAUCCAAACAGCUAUCAAAUGAAAUAGCUGCAAAGCAAGCAAUCGCUGAAGUUACCGAAAAACAAAUAGAUAAGGCUCGCCUGGAGUAUACUCCAAUAGCUGUACAUUCGGCAAUUCUGUUCUUCACUAUAGCAGAUUUGGCCAACAUUGAUCCAAUGUAUCAAUAUUCUUUAGUUUGGUUCGUAAAUUUAUUCAAGGGCACCAUAGAUAAUACGGAUAAAGUUGAAGAUGUAACAAUGAGGCUAAAUGACUUGAAAAAGGUUUUUACUUAUCAUUUGUAUGUGAACAUAUGUCGCAGCUUAUUUGAAAAAGACAAGUUGUUGUUCUCCUUACUGCUGACGAUAAAUUUGAUGAAAAAUCUCAACCAAAUCGACUUAGCCGAGUGGAUGUUUCUCCUGACUGGAGGCGUGGGUCUGGAUAAUCCCAAUGUGAAUCCUUCAGACUGGUUGGUUACAAAAUCUUGGGAUGAACUCUGUCGCCUUAACGAUUUACCAAAUUUCAAGGGAAUCAUCAAUCACUUUGCCAAACAUUCAGCUGAAUGGAAAAUUAUAUUUGAUUCGGGCGAACCUCAAAAAUUGCCCUUGCCAUCUCCUUGGAACGAAAAGCUAUCCUCUUUGCAGAAACUGCUUGUUCUCCGAUGUAUAAGAUUUGAUAAAAUAGUGCCAGCGGUUCAAGAUUUUGUUACAGAACACUUGGGAAAGCAAUUUGUUGAGCCACCUCCAUUCGAUUUAACAUCAUCAUUUGCUGAUUCGCAUUGCUGCAUUCCGCUCAUUUUUGUGCUGACUCCCGGUGCGGAUCCGACAGCCGUCUUGCUCAAGUUUGCAGAUGAUCAAGGCUUUGGUGCCGCGAGAUUAUUCGCUCUAUCUUUGGGACAAGGACAAGGACCGAUUGCCGUAAAGUUGAUCGAUGAGGGUGUGAAGAAUGGCACUUGGGUGGUGUUGCAAAAUUGUCAUUUGGCUAAAAGCUUUAUGCCCACAUUGGAGAGGAUUUGUGAAAAUUUAACACCCGACUCCACGCAUCCAGACUUUCGUUUGUGGCUCACGUCUUAUCCGGCGGAACAUUUUCCUGUUUUGGUGUUGCAAAACGGCGUCAAAAUGACCAACGAACCGCCGAAAGGUUUGCGAGCAAACAUUACUCGUUCAUACAUGAGCGAUCCUAUUUCCGAUCCGGAAUGGUUCGAAAAUUGCAAGCAAUCAGCAGCGUUCAAGAAACUUUUAUUCAGUUUAUGUUUUUUCCAUGCCUCUAUUCAGGAGCGUCGGAAAUUUGGACCGCUGGGAUGGAAUAUUCCAUAUGAGUUUAAUGAGACUGAUUUGAGAAUCAGUGUGAUGCAAUUGCAAAUGUUUCUUAAUGAAUAUUUGGAUAUCCAAUUUGAUGCUAUAUUAUAUCUUACCGGUGAAUGUAACUAUGGGGGCAGGGUAACAGAUGACUGGGAUCGGCGAACUUUAACUACAAUUUUGCGAAAGUUUUACUGUCCCGAGGUGGUGGAUGUUUCAAAUUAUCCAUUUGAUCCAACCGGAGCGUAUUAUUGUCCCGAUAAAGCGGAAUACGAUGAAUUCAUGAGCUAUACAAAAUCGUUGCCGCUAAUCACUCAUCCAGAAGUUUUCGGCAUGAACGAAAACGCCGAUAUUAUGAAAGAUCAGCAGGAAACCAAUUUGCUGCUUAGCAGCACCCUUCUAACUCAGGAUGCAAUGUCGGCUUCAAGCUCUUCGAAAUCUCCAGAUGAAAUCGUAAUGGAAGUAGCCAGUGCUAUUCUAGCUCAGUUGCCUAAUGACUUUGAUCGAGAUGCUGCCAUGGAGAAAUACCCCGUAUCAUAUGCUCAAAGUAUGAACACGGUCCUGGUACAGGAAAUGAACAGAUUUAAUGUCCUUCUGGCUAUUAUUCGAAAUAGCUUGCGUAACGUUCAAAAGGCUAUUAAAGGAUUGAUUGUAAUGUCACUUGAUUUAGAAGAAGUAGUUACCAGCAUGCUAACGGGCAAAAUUCCAGGCAUGUGGGCGAAGAAAUCGUAUCCUUCUCUCAAGCCAUUGGGCAGCUACAUUAACGAUUUUCUUGCAAGACUGGCAUUUCUACAGAGCUGGAUGGAUGAAGGAGCUCCAAUAACGUUUUGGAUUUCCGGAUUUUUCUUCACUCAAGCUUUCUUAACGGGAGCUCAGCAGAACUUCGCCCGAAAAUAUACUAUUCCUAUUGAUUUGUUGACAUUUGAGUAUCAGGUGUUAAAAGUGUCCAAGUUCACGAAACCACCCGAUGAUGGUGUCCUCGUAUAUGGUUUGUUUCUAGAUGGUGCCAGAUGGAAUGGUGAAAAAAUGAUUAUCGACGAAUCUCUUCCAAAAGUAUUAUAUGACGUUGUGCCUUAUAUAUGGCUUAUCCCAAUCAAGCGAGACGAUUUAGUGGAAAAGCACAGUUAUUUAUGUCCAGUAUACAAAACGGCGGAAAGAAGAGGUGUAUUGUCUACGACUGGACAUUCCACUAAUUUCGUAAUCGCAAUGACCUUGCCUACUGUUGAGACUCAAGCACAUUGGAUUAUGAGAGGUGUGGCCAUGUUGUGUCAGUUGUCUCAGUAACUUUACUAUAUAAUUUUUCAUACGCUUCUAUUUUAUACAAUAUUUAUUGAAUAAAUUAUUAUAUGCAUGGA